CAUAAGGCAUAGCUGAUGCACAUGCUCAUCUCAUAUCAUCCAGGCCAGUAAGUUACCUAAUUAGCCUACUUAGUGUAUCAUCUGUACGUGACACGCCACACUUAGCUAGCCGACUACCAUUCAUUAAGAAACUGAUGGCUGCUGCGCCUACCUUCUUCUCCAUCUGCUCCGCUAAGCCACUGCUCCAUUCGGCUUCACCGGUGGCCCGGAAUGUUGGCCGGACCAGUCGCAACCGUGGCUUCUUCCGCCCUUCACCGGGGAUAUAUCCCGGGUGGGAGCCUGCGUCUCAUGAGCUGUUGCAUGAUUUUGACUUGCAGGAAAGCCUAGCGAAUGUUCAGGCGUUGUUGCAUCAGUAUCCAAUGAGUAGACGGGACAUGUUGACCACUGUUGAUCACCUCAAGCGCCUCUGCAUCGAUCAUUAUUUCCAAGACGAGAUCGACAGUGUCAUGGAUGCAUGUGUGGAUCUCGUUCAUAGUGAUGAUUUACUUGAUGCAACCCUUUCACUGAGGCUGAUGAGAGAAGCUGGAUAUUAUGUUUCGGCAGACGAUGUUCUUCGGAAGUUCACAAAUGAUAAUGGUGAUUUCAACCAUGGGCUCACCAAAGACAUUAGAGGGAUGCUGAGCUUGCAAGACAUGUCAUACCUCAACAUGGGAGAACCAUCACUGUACAAGGCAAAUGAAUUCUCGGGCAAGCACCUUAGACUUGCAAUUAAGUAUUUGGAGCCAAGCCUUGCAAGAUAUGUGAGGCGGUCACUAGACCAUCCCUAUCAUGUGAGCCUGAUGCAGUACAAGGCAAGGCACCAUCUGAGUUACCUCCAGAGCUUGCCCACUAGGAACACAUCAAUUGAGGAUCUGGCACUUGCAGAGUUUCAGAUUAAGAAGUUGCAGCAUCAGAGGGAAAUUCAAGAGGUUAAGAGAUGGUGGAAGGAUUUGGGAUUGGCUAAAGAAAUACCGUUUGCAAGGGACCAAGUACUUAAAUGGUUCAUGUGGCCCAUGACUGUCCUUGAGGGUUUGUCCUUCUCUAGAUAUCGGAUUGAGAUCACAAAGAUCGUCUCCAUGGUCUACAUUGUGGAUGACAUCUUUGAUCUUGUCGCCACACAAAAUGAGCUCUCUCUUUUCAAUGAGGCAAUCAAAAUGUGGGAUCCUGCUGCUGUUGAUUCACUCCCGAGCUACAUGAUAUCAUGUUACAGGGCUCUUUACACUGUCACAAAUGAUAUAGCCGCUAUGGUUAGAAAAGAGCAUGGACUGAACCCUAUCACUCAUCUCAAGCAAGCUUGGGCAGCUUUGUUUGAUGGAUUCAUGAUUGAGGGAAAAUGGCUAUAUACUAAUCAGGCCCCCACAUCAGAGGACUACCUAAGAAACGGUAUCGUCACUUCAGGAGCACCACUAGUACUCCUGCAUCUUUUCUUCUUGCUAGGGCAUGAUUUAACAGAGGGCAACAACGACCACAUGCUUCGGAUCAUCUCCUGCACUGCAAAGAUCAUGAGGCUUUGGGAUGACAUGGGCAGUGCAAAGGAUGAAUCACAAGAAGGGCUCGACGGAUCUUACAAGGAGUUGUACCACAGAGAAAAUCCUCAUGGUGACGCGGAGAAGCACAUGCUGGAGAUGAUCGCGAGUGAAUGGCAGGAUCUGAAUAGGGAAUGCUUCUCUGGGACAAAGUCAACACUAUCGCAUACCUUCAUCGGGGCAUCACUCAACUUUGCAAGGAUGGUCCGCGUCAUGUAUGGCUAUGACGACGAACAGAGGCUCCCCAUCCUUGAGGAUUACACCAGGAUGUUGCUCUUCUGAAUCAUGCAUGCUAGCACAUACAAAUAGGUUGAUAGUUGGUACAACCUUAUGCAUUGCAAUGGGGUUUUGUGGCCGUGACAUAUAAAUAACAAAUUUAGAAGGUAACAUCUAGUCAAACAUGAAAAUGAACAGCCUAACUGUGGAACUAGGUUACUAACCCCACAUGAACAUGCAAAAGUUCUACAAAAGAUAGUUGCAUCACGCUACUGGAUGUAUGAUAGUUGCGUCGAGUGGCUUAUAGAAUCUUCGCCAUUUCAUCUCAUCCAAUCUCGAGAACAGACGAGCGCCUCAAUCGUCCUGAUGCUCAGCGCAUUAUGGUGCUUCGGGAUCACCGGUCCAGUGAUGCUGAAUGCCGCUUCAGAGUGAACGGCAGACGCCGGCAUUGCUAAGACGUCCCGCGCAAUAGCCGCAAGCGUGGGGUACUUGGUGGCAUGUUCCAUCCACCAUUUCAGAAUGUCAAAAUCAUCCUCUCUUGGGACUAGGCCCUCCGCAAGGUAGUCA